AAGGUGCUGAAUACGGACCUGCGUCACUACCUCAGCCUGCAGUUCCAGAAAGGCUUGUUGGACCACAAGCUCCAGCAGGUGAUCAGGGACAACCUGUACCUGCGCACCAUUCCCUGUGAGUAGUAACAUCCCGGGCUCCCCCUGAGUCUCUGUUCUCCUCAGUGGUCUCUGUCUACUCCACAUGUGCCUGCUCAUUACGGCUAUUCCAUGUGACUAGGUCACCUUUAGAUCUCAAGACAGGUGACAUCACUGAUGGCCACUGGCACUAGCUGGCUAGUGGUCUUGGUCUGUCUCUAAUUACAGCUGAACAUGCUCUCCCACAGUCCCAUCAACUUACCAGAAUCCCAUCAAUAUAUUCUAUUUGGCCCUGCCAUAUGGCAGCUGCCCAAUAAACAGCAGAGCAGUUUGCUGUUCACAGAAGGCCACGGUCCUUCUCCCAUGAGGACACAGUGCUUGGCAUUCAUCAGAGCCCUCCACGGUAUCUGCCCUGGUGAAUUGGUGGAAUAAGGAAGAGCGUGAUGAGAGGAAGAUUGACUACUCAAUCACACUCCUUCCCUUCCACCGUCCUGUCUCUCUGUCCCUCUUUCCUUUUCUCUCCUCUUGGUGCUGUGUAUCAUGGAUUCCUCUCCUCUCCAACUGGGGGCAUUCUCAGCCAUCUCUGACGUCUACAAGCGCCUGUCAAACCUUCACUAUAAAAGCGAUCAACAUCACACACAUAACCACUAUUUGAAAGAUGAGUGAGGAGAUAUCGCACUCCAUUUUCAAAUACUAAUAUGUAGGCCUUGGAAGUUAAUGUCCAGAAUAUAAUAUGCAUGUAUUGUAUGUUUAAUUAAUGUAUAUUUCCUAUUAAUUUGUUAUUCUAAGGUGCUUAAGAUUGCAACCAACUCUAUGCUUCAUCCACCCGCUCUGAAUGACUCCCCUUGAACUCUCUUUAUGCCUGUGUCUCUAAUUCCUUUAAAACACAGGGAUGAAUAGGUGGUGUGGAAAAGCUUCUUAUUUUUAUACCCUAGUGGUUUUUAAAUGGACAAAAGAGCCAAUUGGCUGGAUUCAAAGUGCAACGUGCAGAUUUUUCUUCGCCACUCUGCCGAAUUAGAUGGCAAUUACUCCCCAUUUCGCCAUUUAUUAACGUUAUGGGACUAAUUUAUAUAAUCUUUGUGAGUCAAGGUUUAAUUUGCAUAUAAAAAGUUUCUCAUUUGUGACUUGCAUAGCCAUGCAUAGUCUCCUGAAUGGCAUUGUUUCUCAUGUGGAAAUAUAAUGCUGAUAAUUGGAAAUAACAGGCAACAAAAUAAAUGGCUUUUUCUCUAGAUAAUACAGUAUAUCUGUUUAAUUUGUCAGUUUCAUGAGUCAAUGCAUUGUUAAUGUUCUCUAUGUAAUUCAUGAGGGGUUAUAUAGACGACUGCAGACAUUUAUGUUAAAUAGUGUUUUAUGACAAAUCGUAUAAAAAAGUCAUAACCAAUGUUCCCUCUAAGCUGCUCACCGGAGUAGCCCGAGACUGCCGAACAGCUCCCCAGGACUUUGCGCAGAAGAAAUGUCAGCGCAAUUACAGAAGCACGAGAUUGAACUUCACUCAACUUUCUAGAGUUUUCCCUGUUGAUUAGAACUAUCAAAGUUUCCCUUUACUUUGGCAGUUGUGAUCGAAUCAUCGCAAUAUUAGCCACUUUCAAUGCAACAUACCGAAACAAAACAACUAUGCAAUAGAUUUCGUUGUAGGCAGAACGUAUCGUAGUAGGAUUCUAUUGCCCACUACUCCGCCCAUACUCUACACAGACUGGUGCAGCAUAACCAAUCAGAGCUGCAGUAGCCCUAAAUGCAAAUAGACCAUUGCCAUAUAUGGAUCUGUGCCAUUUACUUUGAACUGGACUGUGUUUACAGCUGUGGUCGUGAGCAGAUGCGCUUGUUUUGAGAUCAAAGCAAGAGAUGCAUGUAGCCAGGCGUGCACAUUUUGUUCAUAUCCUUUGCUAGUUAGUGAAUUAUUAGCCCAGUUAUAGAUAAUUUGUAGUCAGCAAUAGGGAAUGAUUGCUUCCUACAAGAGUACAAAGGUGUGCAUUUCGAGUCAGGUAAAGAGCUUUUCUUUGUCUUAAAGGGGCAGUGUUGUAUUUUGAGACAGGCUUGAAUAAGCUAAGUAGCCAAUAGGCAGAGGGUAGCAUAAUUUGUCUGAUUCUCUGUAAUAAUGUUAUGGUAAUAAUAAUGCAUUUUAUUUUGUAAUGUGGUUUCUUCCAUCAAACAACACAACAUUUUCAGUCACCUCCUUGUCUGAAGGACAAAUGGAUAAACAGGUUAAUGUCAAGCCCUGCAUGUUUUUUUCAAAAGUCUCAUGGAAUGUAGGCCAUUGAACAACACACUGCUACUGUAGGCUGAAUGAUAGAACAGCUAUUUCCAUGUUAAAAUGUUAAGGGAUGCAUUUUCUCCAUUGUUUUUGAUGGUAACCCACUCUGGUAGGCCUACAUUAUGAUCAAAUAGCCACAGUAGCCUACUUGGCCACUGUUAAAACUGUAACUUAAAGCGGGUACAGCUUCAGUGUUCACAGUAAGCCCGUGCUGGAAGUUUUUCACAAUGUUAAAGUUUGUGCUCAGCAGACCUGAAAUUUGCUCAGUGCCAACAAACAUUUAAGGGAACAUUGUCCAUAACUCUAUGUAAGUACACCAGGGCUAGUGCAUCUUAUUUAGAUAUUGAUUUACAGUAUGUCUGUACAGUAAUACACUGUAGCAUUUCAAGCAGUGACCAUAGUGUCAUGACUCUCCCUGGGUGAGGAUCAAAGGCCUCCCAUCAGCUUGGCAAAUGGCCGACCACAACCACACCCUCUUACCUACAGGGGGGCUGUGCCGGUCUUGACACCUUAAUACUGCCAUAGAUCCUCCUCCUCUCUAAUUUAUCUCUGGCAUUCUAGUAUGGUGAAAGGAAUGCCUUUGUUUCAGAUACUUUUUGCCGGCCAAAAACGUCAACAUCCAACAAUGAACAUUGGGACAAUAUAUUUCAACAUCCAAACGUUGGGAAUGAUGACAAAUGGAAUAUGGAAAAUGUAUGUCUAUUUUGUGACGUCAUUAAAAAUGGUAUAAAUUCGUUAUAAUGAAAACAUUGUGACUUUAAACACUUUUAAAAUUUUUUUAUAUCAGGUUUACAUCCUUUACCUUGUGUAGAAAAUAUCAAGGAGGAAGACAAUGUUUUCGUGAAGAUAGGAAUGUGAUUUUAGCUUUCCAACAAAAUCAUAGUGAUGAUAAUACUUUUGCCUCGUAACUAGCCGCGCCCGAGGGAGCUCAGAGAGCGUGUCAGUAUGACGGAAACGCCCCUCUUUACCAGAGUGCAUAAAAGAUUGAGAUAAGAAUUGCAAGAUCUGACUAGACGGACCUCAAGCUGCAGCUUUUAUCCAUAUUGGUCCCGACUCUGAAAAUCAACACGAGGUGAAGAAGACGAAGUUGCCUCCACUAACAAUCAAUGUUACGGCUGAGUAGCUGUUCUAAGUACUGUAUCUAAGAAGGUGAAUUUAAGUGGGACCAUCCUGUUACUCUCUUCAAACCAUCGUCUACUACACUGCUCUCAUCACCCCACAGGGGAUCAUCGACACGGUCCUCAGAAGACCACUUCCAGAGCGAGUGAAAGUAAACAGACUAAGAAGAAGGACAUUGUGAGCUCUUGUGGACAAUCUGAGCCUUACAUCUAAAAGGCCAGCCGAAAGAGAAGGCCCAAUCGACCCCUUCCCACGAAGGCCUGGGUCCAACAGAGAUACACGACGAAGACCUCAACACGUAAAUACAUUCAUUGCUUUUCUUCCCAAAAUGGGCGGUAGUUCCGGGCAAAGUAUUAGGAUUACUGUGAGCACAGGUCCAUGUGUAUCCAAGUGUUUUCUAUCUCUCUUUAACUCGCCAUCUUUUGUAAGAAGUGUCAUAUUGUGUUAGUCCGCUGUUAAAUGAUAAGAGAUAUCAAGAUAUCUUUAGAGUUAAUUCGGGAAACGGUAACUCGUUAAACAACUUUUCCCGUGGUGCCCCAAAUUCCUAAUGAGUUAAUUGUUACAUGAUUAAUUUAAUCUAGUAACAAUUAAACAUAGUAGGUAAUUAUUCGAUAAAUAAAAGUCAUCACAAUAAUGAAAGUCACGACAAUAGUCUAAGCCUAGUCUCUAGUGCAUGGCUGUUAGUUUCUGUCUGCUCCUCAUCCAUGAUAGGGGUUAUGUUAUGACAGUGCGAUCAUCAUAACAACCACUGUGUAGAAGAAACUAUGGAGGUUCAGCUGCAGUAGGUCAGCAUAUGCCCAGUGGCGUAAAGUACUUAAAGGAAAACUCCACCCAAAACCACUCCUGACAUUAAUUUACAGUAUUAAAUAACACUGUGAGAACAAUAUUUUUGAUGAACAAAUGUGUCAUUUUGGCGUUAUAAUAAGGUUGGUAGCAACAUGGAAAAUCGUUGUGGAAAUCUGUUGCAGCUCAAGUAUAGUACAAAAUCCACAAUGGGUGGUGCUGGCUGACUAGCGGUAGCAACGUAGCUACACACAGUAAUACCGAAGACAAUAUCAGCAUUUAAAGUAGCUAGUUAGCUGUAAAAUCGCCUAAACAAACGGCAUGAUCUAUUUAGGAGUCUACAAUCUUACAAUGUUCAAUCUGCAGAUCUAUGUGCCUAACAGAGUGGAGUCUGACAGAUAUCCUUUUGAGGAGAUGGGAAACGUUGCCCAUGCUACGUCAAUGGGCUGUGCGGUGUAUUCUGGGACAAGGUGCGUGCUCUCCUUCAAGGAUUGAAUGGGAGUCUAUUGGGUGCUUUCUAUGGUAUCUCUGGCAAUGGCACCAUGCAAUGCACCCUGGACUAAAGAGGCAGACAAAUAGGAAAAAUGUGCUAGACCCUCUGUUAAAUUACACAUUUCUCGAGGUAGGAAUAUCGCAAAAAUAUGAUCAAUGGCUCAUUCGAGAGAAUACAUCCUCUCGAGUUAUGACAUCGGCCAGUAUUGAAAUCUGACAUGUAUGAUAGACAUUUUCUCGAUCUGAAAGUAAUAUUCCUAUUAACUUCCAGUGUAGUGAGAGCGACUUUAUCACAGUGCUAGGUCAUACCGGCCGGAUUUCUGCCUACGUUUGUAAAUGUAGUCUGAGUGUGCCUCUGUCUGUCCAUAAAUUUACAAAAACAAGAAAAUCGUGCCGUCUGAUUUGCUUAAUAUAAGGAAUUUGAUGCAUAGCAUUUACUUUCACUUUAAAACCAGAUACCUUUAGAUUUUCACUCAAGUAGUAUUUUACUAGGUGACUUUCUCUUUUACUUGUCAUUUUCUAUUAAGGUAUCUUUACUUUUACUCAAGUAUGGCAAUUGAGUAUGUUUUCCACCACUGCAUUUGGCCCAUUUGGCCACUGCUGUUUGUGUGACAGUAAAUGGCCUUACACAGAGCCAGGGAGCAGGAAUGGUCCAAGUCUCUCCCUGGGAGCCAGAAUGGCCGCCUGGCUGCGCUCUGCCUCUCAUCAUUAGAGCCCUCUAAAUGGCAGCCCAGAGAGAGGAGUGUGACUUCUCCCCUGUCCCCUCCUGAACACACAGGCAGAGGCAUCAUUAAAGCUCCCAAGAAAGAAGGGAAGAAAGAAGGGAAGAAAAGGAAGGAAGGAGAGUCAGUGCCAGGGGUCCAAAUCGCCACAUAAUCCUUCAAGCUCGGCUGAACCCUCUGCCUCCCUUUCUUCUCCUCUAGGCAGUAAUAUCCGUAGUGGCACCGCAGUAAGCUCUGAGAGGCUCACUGGGAGAUAGCAAAGCGAGAAGGAUGACAGAAAUAUAAGAAAAAGUGCCCCCGGUAUUCAAUUUAAAGAAUUGCUUUCUCUUGACAAGAUUUAAGGGUCUUCGGUUUAAACUUUUUUCAAACCUGGGAAACAAAAGACAGCAUAUUAUCCACAAUGACCUAGAUCCUGCCUCUGCCUUUAAUAGGGAAUAUCUAUCUUCCUUCUGUUCUGAUAUCUAGGGUGAUAUGACCCAUACUGUCUGUUCAGGAUUGUAUGACUUGUCACUGACUGUAAAGUCAGCUGAGCUUGGCCUAUGGCUCACAGUAUAUAUUUGGAGUAUUGACAUUAUACAGCAUUGAGUUACUAUGUAGGCCUAUCAUGUUUAUUGCAUAUCAAUAUUUAUCACUCUGUGUAUCACUUUCUCUAUACUGUGAUAAAAAAAGUCAAUAAACAUCUCUAGGUGUAUCGUCCGAGACCCAUCUUCAGACCUCUACUGGUGUUCCCCUUUUCCCAUUACUACUACAGAUUAAACAAAAUAUGCCCUUCUUGCAAUAGGAGUUGUCUAUUGGAAGUGGGACACGACAGGGCCAGGUCUCAGUGUGACUAUAUAUAACAUAUUUCCAGCGGUGUGUGUUAAAGUUGCUCCUGGUCUCCCUGUAAGAAGCUUAAGCAGCUGGCAGAGUUUCACGGUGGUGACGCAUCGCUGUGUAAACUGAUACACAAAUUGUUUUUUUCAGUGACAAUUGGCAUCUGUGGGUGUUUGUGCGUGCGUGAGUGAGUGCAUGCGUGCCACAGUCAGAGAUGGACGAGAAAGGAGACACCCCACUCGCAGUUUUUUCUGUUUCAAUUCAAGUCAAUGAACUAAGUAGACCAGACCCAGCUGCUAUUGCACUGUUGUCUAUGGGAGAGCCACCCUGUUAAACAGACAAGAACUGACACAUUUAUUCAGUGAUAAAUGGCCUGAGUGAACUAUAUAUACAUCUUGAUUUGUCCACCCUCUUUGCCAUGGUGUUCCACUGUCUGGACUGGACUUCCCACCUGUUCCACAACAAUACACUUCCUCAUGGAGAAAAGUACCAAUUCAUGUUCACUACAUCCACCCCAAACAACCCAAUACCUUUUCAUUAUGUUUUUGUUUUGUUGCUGCUCUGUUCAGUAUUGUUUUGGUUUGAUUGUUUCAUUUCUUCAAAGGUGAACUUUUUGAGAACAUUAACAAAGAAUGGAAGUCAAUUAAAGUGUUUUUGAAGAGUUUCUUCCAAGGCUUUUUGCAUCACACCUCCCUCUCCCUCACCUUCCUCUCCUUCACCUUCCUAUCCUUCACCUCCCUCUCUUCACCUCCUUCUCCUCCCUCACCUCCCUCUCCCUCACCUCCUUCUCCUCCCUCACCUCCCUCUCCCUCACCUCCUUCUCCUCCCUCUCCAUCACCUCACUCUAACUCCGACCUCGACUCCUCAGACUCAGAUAAAAGAUAGUGCUGGGAUCAGGGUAAAUAGCAGCUAACUGUCUUCGCUUCUGUCUACAUCAAAAGACCUGUCCUUGAUUAUCCUCUCUACCUCAAGACUUGAUUGAUUCCUUGAUUCAACUUGAGUUGCAAUCCCUCUCAUGUUUCAGAUCUUUACAUCAUAAGGACGACCUAUAUGACACUCAUGCAGACAGGCAAGUCCAAAUGGCUGCGCAAACACCAGAAUACAGUAUUCAGUUUUUCCCAUGUUUCCCUGUUCAAGGAUUCUCAUAUUACUGCCUUUGUUGCUCGUCUGCUCCUCUGUUUCAAUCUCAGAAUACAAUAGUCUACUUUAUAACAAGGUUUAAAUCAUUUCAGAUGUUAGAGCUCUCACAGCAGCAGUAACAGAUGAACAUUACCACAAGGUGGAGGGAGGGCAGGAGGGAUAGUAUUAAGAGUCCAUCGGUGCUCCGGUCAGAUUGCAGUUCACUUGAGGUAAACACCCAUUUACAUCUGAGCUGAUUCCCCUGAUGCAGAAAAUGUUUGCUAUACAGUACCAGUCAUGUUUGGACACACCUACUCAUGCAAGGGUUUUUCUUUAUUUUUUGCUAUUUUCUACAUUGUAGAAUAAUAGUGAAGACAUCAAAACUAUGAAAUAACACGUAUGGAAUCAUGUAUUAACCAAAAAAGUGUUAAACAAAUCAUAAUAUAUUUGUCGUGUUUCUUGGCCCAAGCAGGUCUCUUCUUCUUAUUGGUGUCCUUUUAGUAGUGGUUUCUUUGCAGUAAUUCGACCAUGAAGGCCUGAUUCACACAGUCCCCUCUGAACAGUUGAUGUUGAGAUGUGUCUGUGACUUGAACUCUGUGAAGCAUUUAUUUGGGCUGCAAUUUCUGAGGCUGGUAACACUAAUUAACUUAUCCUCUGCAGCAGAGGUAACUCUGGGUCUUCCAUUCCUGUGGUGGUCCUCAUGAGAGCCAGUUUCAUCAUAGCGCUUUAUGGUUUUUGCGACUGCACUUGAAGAAACGUUCAAAGUUCUUGAAAUGUUCCGUAUUGACUGACUUUCAUGUUUUAAAGUAAUGAUGGACUGUCGUUUCUCUUUGCUUAUUUGAGCUGUUGCCAUAAUAUGGACUUGGUCUUUUACCGAAUAGGUCUAUCUUCUGUAUACCCCCCAUACCUUAUCACAACACAACUGAUUGGCUCAAACACAUUAAGAAGGAAAGAAAUUCCACAAAUUAACUUUUAAGAAGGCACACCUGUUAAUUGAAAUGCAUUCCAGGUGACUACCUCAUGAAGCUGGUUGAGAGAAUGCCAAGAGUGUGCAAAGCUGUCAUCAAGGCAAAAUGUGGCUAUUUUGAAGAAUCUCAAAUAUAAAAUAUAUUUUGAUUUGUUGAAACCUUUUUGGUUACUACAUGAUUCCAUAUGUGUUAUUUCAUAGUUUUGAUGUCUUCACUAUUAUUCUACAAUGUAAAAAAAACCCAGUAAAAAUAAAGAAAAACCCUUGAAUGAGUAGAUGUGUCCAAAUCUUUGACUAGUAGUGUACAUGUCUUCAAUGUAGCGCAGAUAAGGGGACAACAUGUUAAAUAGACCAGCUUGUUGGAGUUAGUUGCACUACACAGACGGUUACCGCGCGCAGGAUUUAAAAAAAAUGACUGCAUGCUUCAUUUAUACUGGCAUGUAUAGUGCUGCAGUUUCCAGAUCAAAAACAAGGAUUUCAGGGGAUUUAGGGUGAAGAAUAGAGGAUGGAGAGAGAGAGAAAGAGCAGGAAGGAAAAGAAAAAAGGUUAGAAUGUUCAAAUGAAAGGUUUUUCAACUGUUGCUUUUAAAUUGUUGUUGUCGAACAGAAAAUAAGGACCUUGAGGAGAAAUUCCAUCUUCUGAGCUCGGGAGAUGAACAGACCUCAGAACUCCUUCAAUACACUUUUUUUAUGGGCAUUUAUUGCUGACAGGAUAGGUAGAACUACAGAGAAUAAGAGACAAGCAAUGGUAACUAUAAUUCCUAUAUGAAUUGGCAGUUAAGUUAUUAUACGUAUGUCAUGGCUCAGGAGUGGCCAUUCCAUUCAUUAAUCUAGCCAUCUAACUAUCCCUCACUGUGGCCUUGAAGCCUGACUUUGUAGAGGACCUCAGGGGUUUAUUCAGCCAACUCAGGCAUUAAGUUUAGUAACCGACCAACCAUCAUCCAGAUUAAACCAGCUCUCAGGUCAAUCACCUACUCUGUUUCUCUGUGACAUGGUCUGAGGGUUUUGUAUGUAACACUGUUCAUCUUCCAUUUGGACCAUGAGAGGAGAGAGGCUGCUAUCUACACUCCUCCAAUCGCUUUAUUACUUUACUCUCACCUUACCUGUAAAUGUUACCUGCUCAAUGUGUGGAAGAUCAUUUAGCAUUAUUCACACAUUAGAAUAAUCUAUUCAUAGCUUGAUUUCUCAGUAACCCCCAUGGUGUAUUGGUGUAAGCUAUGCACGAUACUCAAUCAAAUUCAUUCAAAUGUGUUUAUAAAGCCCAUUUUACACCAGCAGAUGUCACAAAGUGCUAUACAGAAACCCAGCCUAAAAUCCCAAACAGCAAUCAAUGCAGAUGUAGAAGCAUGUGGUCCUGGAGGAUAUGCGGACACAAUUCACAUUCCUGUGUGCACGAUGAAAAUGGAGUCCACCCCUCUUCUGUGCAUAUUUAGAUGGAUCUGCAUCACGACUCUGCCCCCCCAUAAAAGGGUCUGUUUCACUCACUUUGUGUUUGUUGUGAUGUCUUUGGCAGGUACCACACGACAGCCCAGAGAGGGGGAGGUUCCUGGGGUGGACUAUAACUUCAUCAGUGUGGGGGAGUUCCGCGUGCUGGAGGAG